AUGCAGGAGGAGGCAAAGAAUAAAAGUCUUUGGCCGCAACCGAAACCCGAUCAGCCCGCAGGUCUGGUCACUGCCUAUGGCCCUGGUCUGGAGAAGGCCAUGGCCACAGUACCAGCCGAAUUUACAAUUGAUAGCACCAAGACCGUACCCGGUAAGCUGGGCGUCGUGAUCGAGGGGCCAAGGCAGCCGCAGAUUGACUGCCAGGACAAUGGGGACAAGACCUGCCGUGUGACCUAUGUCCCGCCUGUACCAGGCACCUACAAACUCAACGUUCUUUACAAUGGCGAAGAGCACGUUCAGGGCAGUCCAUUCUUGGUACAGGCCUACCCUGUGGGCAAGCCGGACCUCAACACAGACAAGAUUACCGCCUACGGGCCGGGAUUGAAUCCAGAUGGCGUCUACAUGAAUUGCAUUUCGAAGUUUGUGGUUGACGCCACUGCGAUGGACAAGGUGGGAUCCGAGGAGGUCACUGCUACCUUGAAGGCUCCGGACGGCCGCACCUACACCUGCGACGUAACCAACAGACACGAUGGAACCUACCUGUGCACCUACGUUGGAAAGAUGGAGGGUUCACACAAGAUAGACGUUGCUUACGGUGGCGUACCUAUUCCAAGCAGUCCAUUUACGGUCAAUAUGGUGCCCGGGUUUGAUGCCUCCCGAGUGCGCGCCUUUGGACCCGGCCUGGAGCCCUCGGGCCCACAUCUUAUGCCCGAUGUGACCACCUCCUUCACCGUGGACAUGAGCAAUGCCGGCCAAGGUGGUCUUGGUCUCUCCAUUGAGGGGCCUGCGGACGCCAGCAUCAAUUGCGUUGACAAUCAGGACGGGACGUGCACAGUUGAGUACACGCCAAAGUUGGCUGGUGUCUAUGAUAUCAAGCUAACCUACAAUGAGGUCGAAAUUCCCUCGAGUCCCUUCCGGGUGAGAGUCCAAGGUGGCAGUGACAUCAGCAAGGUGAAGUGCUACGGUCCGGGUCUGGAGCCAGGCAAAGUGCGCGUCGCCUGCCCAGCUACCUUCGUUGUUGACUCCAGACUGGCGGGCAAUGUGCCCAUGGAAGCCACCUACACCCCGAAACCAGGUGCUGCUCCGAUGCCAGUCACAGUUCAUCCUGUGGCUGACCAGCCGGGUCUCUAUGAGUGCAGCUAUGUGCCGCAGGCGGAGGGUCCCUGCCAGGUGACAGUCAAUUGUGACGGUCAGCCUGUGGUAGGCUCACCGUUCAACAUUCCCGUUCGUCCCACGCAGGAGCCAGAAAAGGUGCGCCUCGCUGGCGCUGGUCUUAAGGGCCCCGUCCAGGCUAGUCUUCCCUCCACCUUCACUGUUGACACGAGAGAAGCUGGUUCCGGCGACUUGGCCGACCCCGUUGGCCACAGUCUUCCAAUUUCAGUUGUUCCUAUAACAGAAGAAGAACUACAGAAGGCUAGUCCCUACAACCUGAACGAUCUAGUUGCCGCCAAGACGGCCGAAGAGCUUGCGCAGCCCCCGCAGGACAGCGGUCUGGUGGCUUGCACCUAUGAGCCUUUUGUCGUUGGCGAACACAAGAUCCACGUCAUGUUUGCUGGCACAGAGAUUCCGGAGAGUCCCUUCGUUUUUGACAGUGUUCCUGUCGGCAGGGCUGAUCUUUGCAAGAUUAAGGACACAGUGAAACUGAAGGUAGCCGUGGGUGAUGAGACUGGUAUCACCGUCGACACCACCCACGCUGGCAUUGGAAAACUUAAAUGCCGUGUGACCCAGAUUGCAAAUGGCAAGGCAACAGAUCUGCCCGUGGAGAUGGAGGACAACAAGGACGGAACAGUGACGGCCUACUACAGACCUACAGAGCCGGCUCAACUUCAAACUGAACUGCGUUUCGGUGGCCAACUUAUUCCUGACGGUCAAAUUACACAGACGGCUGUCCAUCCAGAGGAACUAGACGCUAUUUCGACACCAAUCGAACCAACCUAUCAGCCUCUCGAUUUCCGUCUAGUGGUUGCAGGCAGACAGGAUCAAAAGAUUAAUGGCUUUGUUAUCCGGCCAUCCGGCGUUCAGGAUACAGUCGAGCUGAAAGACAAUUCUGACGGUACCGUACUGGUCAAUUAUCAACCAAAGGAGAGAGGCAUGCAUGAGCUGCAUGUCAACAGCGUAUCCGAUGGACCUGAUGGCGCCAGCAUGCCCCUGGCUGGUAGUCCAUACAAGUUCUUUGUUGACAACCUUUCCAGUGGAAACAUUUCUGCGUAUGGCCCCGGCCUCAGCCACGGAGUUACUGGUCAGCCCGCAGAAUUUACAGUGGCUAUGAAAGAUGUUGGCGCAGGUGGACUGUCGGUGGCUGUUGAGGGACCUUCAAAGGCUGAAAUAACUUGCCAUGACAACGGCGAUGGUACCUGUCGUGUGACCUACUAUCCCAUGGCGCCUGGGGAGUACGUAAUCGAUCUGAAGUUCUUGGACAAAAAUAUACCCGGAUCACCAUUUGUUGCCAAGAUCACAGGUGAACCAAAGAAGCGUACACUGAUGAACAUGAGCACCACCAACUGUGUCAGUUUUGAUGUGGGCGUCGAUGACAUUUCACUCCUGACAGCCUCCGUGGUGAGUCCCAGUGGAAGAGAAGAACCGUGCGCACUGAAGAAGUUGCCGAACAACCGCAUGGGCAUUUCCUUCACACCGAGGGAAUAUGGAGAACAUUUUGUCAAUGUCUUCAAGGCGGGACAGCAUAUUCCAAAGAGUCCCUUCCGACUCAACGUAUCUCCUGAAGACGUCGGUGAUCCAAGCAAGGUCAAGGUGAUUUGGCCGCAGAAUGUGCCAAUUAUGGCCAAUCAGAGGAAUGAAUUUAUUGUCGAUAGCAAAGACGCAGGCUUCGCCACCCUUAGUCUUUCCAUCGAGGGACCCAGCAAAGCAGAGAUUGAGUGUGUUGACAACAAUGACGGUACCUGUACUGUUGCCUUCUAUCCCACCGAGCCUGGUGUCUAUAUGGUCAAUGUG